GAAACAUGUCGGAAGUAAAGACAGAAAGGCCUAGAACCGCCGGUCGAAUAGCACCGACCGGUCGGGUCACUCCAAGCGUUCAUCAAUCGGCUGGAAAUGGAAGAAGGAAGGCUAUACCUGUACCACCUCCUAGAGUCCCAACUCCAAUGCCUUCGGCCAAUAACAAUCAGCAAAGAAACAAUGCGAACGUCGACGUAGGCCCGCCUGUUGUAGUACAAGCGGCACAAGCACAAAAAAAGGAGUCCCAUGAAAACAUCGCACGAAUAGCAAAGCGGUAUCUCGACGAUAACAUGCAGCAGGCGUGGAUCAAUCCUCGGUUAAUAUCAAUGAUAAACGUGGAAGCAGUAACUUCAACGGAUUACGACUCUUCGAACCUCAGUAGAGACUUCAAUCAGGUUGGCUUCAACACUUACAACUAUUCCCAGUUCGAGGAGAAGUACAAGCCACGGCAGAUCUUUAAAUACGGAGACGAGUAUCUCGAGUACGGGCGCAAUUCCGUCCGGCUCGAUUCAAACGCUGAGAGAUCAACGGCAAGAUUAACUGGGAGAUAUCAACAGGACGGGUUGACUAAGUUCGAGCAAAGAUAUUCGAGGAGUCAUUCGCAGCCUGAGAGACAGCAGUAUGCUUAUCACGAAACGCGAUCCAAGUCACAGGACUCGCGAGAGUUGACAUUCUAUCAUAUCGAUCCACCACCGAAAUUGGAGAAUCCUCAGCCACAGCAACAGCAACAACAACAACAAUCGCAGCAGCAACAACCACCGCAACAACAACAACAACAACAGCAGCAGCAACAGCAACAACAGCCAAAUAAAUCUCAUCGAUCUAACACUGACAAAUCAACUGCUUCGAAUAAAAAAGAAUUAACUUUCUACAAGAUCGACGGACCUAGCGCAAACUCAGCUUCUACGCAAGACAAGUGUAAAGAUAAAUCUGAUAAAAAAGAUAGAAAUCAAGAGAAGUUACAGAGUUCGAAACACGUUAAACAAAAUCAUCAUCAUCAUCAGGAACAGAAGAACAAUCCAACAAUACCACCGAAUUAUCAAUUGAACAGAUCCCAAUCGGAUUUGACCGAAUGCCAAUUACCGGAUUACUAUAGGCAUCAGAAUAAUCCUUACAUCGAUCCACCUAAGUAUCGUCAAUACGAUAGACCUCCGAAGUAUCAAGAAACACCACCAAAAUCAGAACCACCCCCAAAGUAUCAUGCCGAGCCACCGAAAUAUUCUGAAAUUGUUAGACGUCAGGAUGACUCGAAAAGAACACAGCAGGAGGAGAGGACGACAAGACGUCAGGGUGCAGGAUUAGGAGGAGCAGGAGGAGGAAUAGGAGGAACAACGUUAGGAGGGGGAGCAGGGGGAGGGUGUAGUGGUGUAGGUGUAAGUGUAGGUGUAUGUUUAGGAGGAGGAGGAGGAGGAACACCAACAACAACAACAAAUUAG